AGGAAAAAAAAAGAGACAAACGAGUCUCUGUGCGGUCUUGUGUGAGUGCCAGCUGUGCCUGUGAAACACGUAGUGAUUUUAAACCGAGGUCGUUUUCUAGAGGCCGUACAAAAAUGAUCAAAAAUGGAUUAUUGUACAUUAUAAAUUAUUAUUAUUUAUUGUGUGUGUGAAAUUAUUAUUGUUGUUGUUGAUACUGUGUAAUUGUUUCUUGUUACUUCGAUUGAUAUCGAUAUUUAUUGGAAUUAAGAUAACAAAAUUCAUAGUGUUUGAAUUAGUAAUAAAAGUAAAGCGGAUAUUACUGUUGUUGCUAUCAAAAGAAAAAAUGACGGACUACAUAAGAAAUAGUUUGAGAGACAACUUGCAAAAUUUGAAGCCGACGUCUAAUUUACGACUUCCGUCAAUUCAGCCGGCACCGUCGCAGUUAUCUAACAUAAAUAACCCGCCAGACGAAGUAGAUAAUCGUGAGUUUCCACGAGCUGAUUAUAGGAUUGAGUCGGUGAGACUGCAGAGUUAUGCGAACUGGCCGCUGUCGUAUAUGGAGCCCGAAAAAUUAGCAGCUGCUGGAUUCUAUUACACGGGGGAGGGUGACAGUGUAAAAUGUUUCGAGUGCGGAGUCGUUAUAUGCCAGUGGGUUGAGGGUGAUAACCCGAUGUCUGAUCACCAACGUUGGCAAUCAAACUGUCGGUUCGUACGCAAAUUACCCUGCGGUAAUGUACCUAUUGGUGUUGAUCCAAGUACAGUACCCUCAGUAAGUCCCCGAAGUCGUGACGUAUGCGGUCGUUACGGAGAUGAAUUCAGACCUGGCGCAUCGCCAGAUUUUCGUUCUGGCCAGACGGAAUUCCAGUUUCCCAGUACUGCUAAAUUGGGAAGUCUCAAUUUGGCCCAGCCUAAAGGACCAGCACAUCCGGAAUACGCGAGUUAUGACGCCAGACUCAAAAGCUUUGAAUCGUGGCCCAAGUCGAUGCCGCAAACUAAAGACAAUCUUGCUGAUGCUGGUUUUUACUACACGGGAACUGGAGACCAAACUCUCUGCUACCACUGCGGCGGUGGGUUGAAGGACUGGGAGCCCAAAGAUGACCCGUGGACCCAACACGCAAAGUGGUUCAAAAAAUGCUACUACGUUCUGAUGGUCAAGGGUCAAGCGUUCAUCAACAGUGUCAUCGGUCAACCCGUCGCCCCACCUUCUCGCGAGGAAACCAUGCAGAUGAAUCUGCCAAGUUACAUUGAAAAAGUGGAACAACCAGCCAGUGCUGCUGAAAAGCCUGAGGAAAAACCCGAGGAGAAAGCCGAAGUUGACGUGAAACCAGUCAACAAGAGUGCUGACGAUGCCAGAAUGUGCAAAAUUUGUUACAAUGAAGAGUUGGGGGUGGUAUUCCUACCCUGUGGACACAUGGUGGCUUGUACUAAGUGCGCGCCGGGUAUGACUUCCUGCGCGGUGUGUAGAGAACCCGUCAGUAUGACAGUUCGCGCUAUAAUAUCUUAGUACCUUACAUUAGCAUUAUUCAUUUAUUAUUUAGAUUUUAUUAAAUUAACAACAAACAAAAAAUAUAUAUACACAUCUAUAUAUAUUUAAAAUUAUAGUUCUGUAAAAUUAAAUGAUUGAAAUUUGAAAAUGAAAUUAACAAAAUUAAUAAAAAUAAUAAAAUUAACGCGUGUUGAAUGACAUGACUCAUGGCGUCUCUCAUGUGGGUAAAAUUCUAUGCUGAUUUGAAAUGUAAUCUUCUUUUCAUAUGAAGAAAUGAUUAAUAAUAAUAUACAUGAGAAAAAUACCUGCUAAUACAGAAUUGUUGAUGAGAUAAAAAGGUAUUACUAAGUUUAAAAGUAUUUACUUGGUAAUUAAGGUGUUAUAUAAAAAAAAAAAAAAAAACUAUUUGCCAGAUGAGUUUAAAUUUAAAUGAAUAAAAUUAUAAAAAUUAAUUUUUUUGUUUAUUUGUUUUUGUGUUUGUAAUUUUCUUGUAAUUAAUUUAUAUAUUAAUUUUAAUCUAUUUAAUUUUUAUAAUUUUAUUUAUCAUUUGGCGUUUGCUGUUGCUGGCAAUAGAAUUGUACCUACAUCAGAGUUGCUAUUUUUUAAUUAACCCGCAUUACAGUUGAUUUACUGCGGAUUAAAGUUAUAAAUUAAAAAAGUUUGUUAAUAUAAAAAAUUGAUAAAAAAUAAUAAAAGUAGCAAACUGACAUGACGUCUAGUCAUUGGAGUAUUACGCGAUUAAUUUUUAAUUCAUUUUUUUUUUGGUUUUUUUUUCCCGGAGUUGAUUUCGCUCAGUCGUUAAAAAAUAAUAAAGGAAAUGAAAGUACUCGUGAUUUAUUAAAAUUUGUACAUGUGAUUUAUAUGAUUAUUAUUAUUUUGAAUUCGAUUAAUGUUUAAUUAACGAACCGGAAAUGCCAUAGUUUGAAAAAUAAAAUUUAUGUCGUAAUUAAAAUGAAUAAAAUAAAAAUGCUAAUGAAAAUAAUGGAAAUAAAAAAUGUAAAGGUACUAGAUAUUGAAUAAUAAAUUAACAAUUUAUUUUGUUUAAAAUUUUUAUAUUUAUUUCAUGUUUUAGGAUUUAUUCAAAUAAUACAUUUAUAGAUACUAAUAAUAAUAAUGAUGAUAAUAAUAGUAAUUAAAUAAAAGUGAAAUUAAAUUUAUUUAAUGAAUAAUGAACGUGAAUAAUUAUUAUGUCUACGCCAGUGAGAUUCGGUUUGACGAUAACUGAUUUUAAAAUGUGAAUUGUGACUCAUGAAAGGAAAUAAACCAGGCUAAGACGCGUCGUAACAUGUUGCCUUUUUUAAAAUAUUACUAUUAUUAUUAUCAUUAUUAUUUUUUAAAUAUAAUACACAUGUGUAUUAUAUUUAUUAUAUAAUAAUCAUAAAUAUUCCUAUGGCCAAUUUAACAGGCAUCAUUUUUAAUUAAUUUGCCAUUUUAUAACCAAUUAAAAUUACCACAUGCAAAUAGUAUUGAAAAAAUUUAGCAACACAUUUAUUAGACUUGCGAUUCAAUAGUUUAACAUUUUUUAAUUAUCAUUAGGAAGGUAAAAUACCCAGUACCCAAUCAGGGAAUCAGUACUCGAUCAUUCCAUAUAUGUCUAUAUAUAUUUAGUAAAUAUAGAUAUCGCGUCACUGAUUCCAAUAGGGCGUAAAUUUUUUUCCGCUCUUUUAGUCACUAAAUUUAAAACCAAAAGGGCGUAGAAUUUUUUCGAAAUUCCUAAUCAUUGCAGACUUAUUCUUCACUUAAAAAUUUGAAUUUAAAAAAAUUGGCGGUAAAAAAAAAUUAUUAGUUUCCUUAAGUCAAAAGGGCGUAUAAAAAUAUGACUUUUUGGAAUUAGAAAUGCGGUAUAGAAAUAUAUGAGCAAUCGGGUACUACACGAAAGAUUGAAACCUGACUGGUUACUGUUCUGCACUCGACUCAGUUCGGUGUUGGAAGAAAAUGCAAGAUUGUGGUGCAGCAUCACACUGAUUACUGUGCAGAACCUGACUGAGUCAUAUGCGCACAGUAAUCAGUGUGAUGCUGCACCACAAUCGAGUAUUUUAUUCCAGCACCGAAUUGAGUCGAGUGCAGAAAAGUAACCAGUCGGGUUCCAAUCUUUCCGUAUAGUUCCCUGAUCAGGUACUGGGUCUCUUACCUUAGGUGCAAAUUGUAUUUGCAAUAAUAAAUAAGUGCAACAACUACUUGAAAUAAUUUUUUUUUGUAGAGUAAACGGGUUUAUCGGGUAAUAAAAAAAUAGUUAUGCUUUGUAAUAUAAGCUUUCAUUUAUAUUUCACACGCAAGUGAUUUUAAGCGACCGGGAUUUUUAAAAAAUAAUCGUAACUAAAUAUUUAUGUCAGUUUAAAUAUUUUCUGAAGCAUUAUCAACUUGUGUUAAAAAUUAAGUUAAAUUAUUUUUUAUUUGAAAUAUAAUCGUUUUUGCGGGAAAUUUAUUUAAAAAUACUAUCAGUUUUUAAAAAAUUGUUGAUUUUACUCACUAUCAAUUACAGAAAUGCUUUAGAAAAUAUAAAACUUAACGAUUUAAAUUUUAUAUUUUAUUUAUAAUCUCUCCCUUAGUUUAAAAUUUUAUUUUUUACUGUAUAUUCAUUCAGAACAAUGCAAGUUAAGAUUAAUAGGAACAAACACAUUUAUAUUGAAAAAUAUUAUUUAAGAAAAUUUUAUUUGCUAGUGAAUUUUAUUGUCUAAUUAAAUGAUGAGUAAAAUUAAUCAGAUGAAUGAUUAAGUUAACGGACCAUAGAAUUUUAAAAUAACAUUUAAAAUUUUAAUUACUACGGAGAACACAAUGAAAUUUUAGACGGAAAAAAUAAAACAACAAAAGACAGUUUCACAAAAGAUAAAAUUUUUAUAAAAUCCUGAAUAUAUAAUUCGAAAUUUAAAUUUUUUAAAAUGUUUUCUAUUCGAAACGCCGCAUUAUUAUUUGAAAUUGUACUUUUUCUUGUUCAUUUUUUCCGUACAUCCACUAAAUAUUUUAUUACAGUCGUGAUAAAGACAAUUGAGUACUGAAAAAAAAUUUUUACAUCUAAAUAAUUAUAUUUAUUUAUAUAAUUAACAUCGCAAUUGGAUAGACACUCGGAUUAAAUUUAAUCGAACCGGAUUUAAAAUUUUAUUUACCCAUUGCAAUGUUACAAGAAAUCCACAGCACAUUAAAUAUGAAACAGUAGAUUGCAUUUAAUUAUCUACUAUUUAUUUAUAGUGAAUUCA